AUGGGCGACCAAGACCAAUCCCCUGGCAGUUCUGUUGAUGUUGGAGGCCUGAUUCUUGAAAAUCCACCUCAGAAAAAUGUGAAGAUUGAGACAGAAACUGGCAGCAUCGAUUGGAUUAGUAAGCUUCCUGAUGCUCUUAUUGUCCGAAUUCUUUCUCUAUUGCCUAUAACUGAUGCCUGUAAAACAACUAUUCUCUCUAAACGUUGGCAAAACCUCUGGACUUGUAUCCACAACUUUAUUUAUAAUCAGAAGCACGAUUAUUCAGACAGCUCGACAGUGAACAAAUUCAUUUCCUUCAUUGACAAUGUACUACCUCUCCUUAACUGCUCUAGCUUUAAAAGGUUCCAUCUAGAAUUCUCAUUCAACUAUGAUGAUGGCAUGUCUUAUGGUCCCAAAAUUGACGAGUUGCUUGAAUUUGCUGUGAAUAAAAAUGUUGAGGAGCUUCACCUGAAUACAUGGUAUAUUCAUGAAGUAGCUGAAUAUGACCUAUCCUAUAGCUUGCCACAAGUUCUCUGCAGCAGCUCAUCCAUUCUAAAAAUCGAGUGCAUGGAUUGCAGAAUAUCAGAAGAUUGUGUACUAAAUUGGACAUCCCUGAAGAGUUUAUCGCUUGGAUAUUUGUAUCUCAGGGAUGAACAAAUUGAACAAAUAAUGUCGAAUUGUCCUCAAUUGGAAUCUUUGCAGCUAUGUGGCUUUUGUAUUUUUCAUCGUUUGCACAUAACUUCUCCAAAAUGUAGGCGACUGGAACUGAUCGAUCACGCUCAUUCUGAUGGAGAUUGGGGUUCAUUGGAGGAUCCUUGUGGUGCUUGUUGCUUCGAAAUUGUUGCUCCAUAUGUUCAACAUUUAGAGAUUUCUGGGAAUUUUGAUCGUACGGAAAUUAGGCUCGAAGACUUGUCAUCUUUGAUCCAUGCCGAUCUUACUUUCUACCAAGAUGAUGUAAUUUGCGAAACCAUAGCGGAAGAUCUUUUGGUAAGCGUACGUUUUGCUAAUGAGCUAACGAUCUCAUCCUGGUUUAUCAAGGUGAUUUCCGAUUUGAUGUUGGAAGAGGAAGACGUCUCCUUACCAGAGCUGGAGUGCAAGUGGUUGACGAUAAGUUCUUGUAUUCCAAAAGGUUCCUUCCCCGGUAUAGACAACCUCUUAAGAUCGACUCCGUAUCUGGAGAAUUUGAUGAUGUUUCCUGAUACGCUGUACAAAAAAUGUUUUUGGUGGGAAGACAUUGAUUUGCUGGGAGACAGCUACCUCUCCUUGCAAGAAAACAUAUUCAAAGUUUCCUUACAGAAUUUGAAGAACAUAAAGGUUAUUUCACCAUUUGGUAGUUGUUGCCCCAGAGCUGACACAACAGAGCUCCCUCAAUUCUUGAAGUUUUUGCUUGAGCAUGCAAUGAAUCUAGAGAAACUGGUUAUAGAGCCACCGCACAAGGGGUGCAACAUCUGUUCUACUAAUAUCUCAAAACUUAGAAAGAAUUUGUUAGCUUUUCCAAGAACUUCUAAUAGUGCAGUCGUUUCCUUAGGAUGA